GCCAGCGAGAGCGCCGAGGACAUCUUCUUCCGGCGCGCGCGCGAGGGCAUGGCGCAGGACGAGGCGCAGUUCAGCGUGGAGAUGCCGCUGGCCGGCAAGGCCUACCUGUGGGCCGACAAGUACCGGCCGCGCAAGCCGCGCUUCUUCAACCGCGUGCACACGGGCUUCGAGUGGAACAAGUACAACCAGACGCACUACGACUUCGACAACCCGCCGCCCAAGAUCGUGCAGGGCUACAAGUUCAACAUCUUCUACCCCGACCUCAUCGACAAGCGCGCCACGCCCGAGUACUUCCUGGAGGCCUGCGCCGACAACAAGGACUUCGCCAUCCUGCGCUUCCGCGCGGGCCCGCCCUACGAGGACAUCGCCUUCAAGAUCGUCAGCCGCGAGUGGGAGUACUCGCACCGCCACGGCUUCCGCUGCCAGUUCGCCAACGGCAUCUUCCAGCUCUGGUUCCACUUCAAGCGCUACC